UUUAAUGAUACCAGCUCCUUGAUUUUCAGGUCAUUUCGGAGCAGAUUCCAGGCUGAGGGUGCAGAAUAUGCAAAAAGCCCUUUUCCCAAUUUUUGUUAGAGUUUUUGGGAGAGAGAGCACAAAGAAGUCCUGUGAAUGCAGUGAAUACUGUCCACAAUGUUUUUGCGUAAUAAAAACACUGAAGUAUUAUGGGAGCAGACCCAGAAUCACCUUAUAUGUAAGGAUGUACCAAUGGGAGAGCCUACGGGUUGCCAGUGCAAGCCAUCCCACCCGACAGUACAACUCACAGUGGUGAGUCAGAGCUUUACAAUUUGUGAUGAACCUUAAGGAUGUAUGGUAAGCUACAUCAAGCAUAUGAAGGCACUGAGCAGAGGCGUGCAUGUACAAAACAUCUCCAUAAUCUAAAACCGGUAUAAAUGUUGUAGAAACAAGACGCUUUUUUUUACAUUAAAAGAAAAACGUUGCAGGUUAAACCAGUGCAUCCCUGGAGGAAACCGCAGACUAUGACAGGCUCAACCAUAUAAUCUGGACUAAGGCUACAUUGAAAUAGUUUGUGGGCUGCAUGAAAUAGAUUCUGAUGAGGUUACAAAGUUGUUUUUUUUGUCUGUAUCUUUCUUCCCCUCUCUCUCUGUGGCACUGACUGACUCUCACUCUUUUCUAAUCUCAGUCACUCACUCACAUUUCUUUCUGAUAAAUCAAGAGAUGCAGUUUGUAAAUUACUACCCUUCAGAAAUCUGUGAAUGCAAUGCUAAAAUCGCCUAUGUGUUUCUUUCCUCCUCUCCUUCUUACAUUUUAAAUGAAAGAAGCAGAUGUUCAAAAUAUCUGGAACACCUUGCAGCAACAUUAAACAUAUUCUGUUCAUCAGUGUAUAGCUGAUUGGGAUUCACAGGAAACCUGCUGUAAGAAGAGAUCAACAUGUCUUCUGAGGAGGAGACUUCUCAGACUUCCUCUUCUUCCCCCUCUCCCCCUCCCUCCUCCUCCUCCUCCUCACCUCACCCUGCCUCCCACUUCAUCGGGAAGAAGGAGGAUGUUGUCAAGGCCGGGCGCGUGACUAAGACGGUGAAUGGAUGCAGAGAUAUACUGGUCCUGUACCACCAGGGGCAGCUUCAUGCAAUGGACAAGCACUGCUAUCAUUCAGGCGGUGCAUUACAGUAUGGAGACAUUGAGGAGUUUAAUGGGCGGUUGUGUAUCGUGUGUCCGUGGCACAAGUACAAGAUCACACUAGCAGAAGGGGAAGGGCUUUACCAGGCUGUGGAUGAUCCUACGGUCAAACCCCUGAGAACACACUGGCGCUCCAAGGGAGUCAAACAGAGGAUUCACAAGGUCACUGAGGUCAACGGGAAUGUAUACGUAACGUUGAACGACUCCAGCGAGGCCAUCGAGUCAGAUGUCUACCAGACUGAGAAAUAUAGGAAUGGCUUACUCAAGGCCCAGCCAAAAACCAAGCCCAAGAAAUAAACAGACACUUAAGGAUUACUUAGAGGUGUUUGAUUAUUCAACCAAAAAUACGUAAAUGCUUCAAAGACAAUGUGAGAUGUUUUGUUAUUGUUAUCAAAAGACUGUUAAUAAGUAUAUGAGCCAGUAAGCCUGUCAGAUUUAUGAGCCAAUCUAUGACAAAGAGGUACAUAUCUAUUUCAUUCUAGAGAGAUGAAUAUAGGACAUUUAAACAGCAGUUGCAGAAUGUUUAUCAUUUCUGUGUGUGUGCGUUUACAUACGCUGUUCAGUACUGUGCUGUUGCUCUGAUGGAUUGUUUUAGCAAGAUCAGAAAACAGGGCAUUACUGAAGACACUGAUCAAAUAAUUAAAUGUCUGACAUUUACUGUAUGAAAUAACUCUAGUUUAUUCUAACACCUUGUUUUCCAGUUGUUUGGCACUGUACUGAGACUGCUCCAAAAUACUGUGGUUUAUAAUUAUUAAAUGAUGUACAAUAAACUAUUUAUUUUUGGUAGAAAAAA